AUGCUCCUGUACCGAGGGGCCCCCGCGGGCCCUGGCGCGCCGGGUAGCGCGCUGGCCAGGCCGGGCAGCGGCCCGCAGGCCUUUGGGAUCCGCUUGAGCACGAUGAGCCCUCGCUACCUACAGAGCAACUCCAGCAGCCACACGCGACCCUUCAGUGCCAUCGCGGAGCUGCUAGAUAAUGCUGUAGAUCCAGAUGUAUCCGCCAGGACGGUCUUUAUAGAUGUUGAAGAGGUCAAGAAUAAAACUUGUUUGACCUUUACUGAUGAUGGAUGUGGGAUGACACCUCAUAAACUACACCGAAUGCUCAGCUUUGGCUUUACAGAUAAAGUCAUAAAGAAGAGCCAGUGUCCCAUCGGAGUUUUUGGUAAUGGCUUCAAGUCAGGCUCCAUGCGGCUAGGAAAGGAUGCUCUUGUCUUCACCAAGAACGGGGGCACUCUCACUGUUGGACUCCUAUCACAGACGUAUCUGGAAUGUGUCCAGGCCCAAGCAGUUAUUGUACCAAUUGUUCCAUUCAACCAGCAGAACAAAAAAAUGAUUAUUACUGAGGAUUCCUUGCCUAGCCUAGAAGCCAUCUUGAACUAUUCAAUUUUCAACAGUGAAAAUGACCUGCUGUCCCAGUUUGAUGCCAUCCCAGGCAAAAAAGGCACUCGUGUUCUCAUUUGGAACAUCCGCAGAAAUAAAGAUGGAAAGUCUGAGUUGGACUUUGAUACAGAUCAGUAUGAUAUCCUGGUAACAGAUUUUGGCACAGAUGAAAAAGAGACUGGUGGCGUUUCCUCUGAGCUGCCAGAAACAGAGUACUCAUUACGGGCAUUUUGUGGCAUUCUAUACAUGAAGCCACGGAUGAAAAUUUUUCUGCGUCAGAAGAAGGUGACUACCCAGAUGAUUGCCAAGAGCCUGGCCAAUGUAGGAUAUGAUAUAUAUAAACCUACCUUCACAAAUAAGCAGGUGAAAAUAACUUUUGGGUUCUCUUGCAAGAAUAAUAACCAGUUUGGAGUAAUGAUGUAUCAUAACAACCGCCUCAUAAAGUCUUUUGAGAAGGUGGGGUGCCAGGUGAAGCCAACUCAUGGAGAAGGUGUGGGAGUAAUUGGAGUCAUUGAGUGCAAUUUCUUAAAACCGGCCUACAAUAAACAAGACUUUGAAUACACCAAGGAGUACCGGUUGACAAUAAAUGCCCUUGCCCAGAAGCUCAAUGCUUAUUGGAAGGAAAAGACCUCCCAAGAGAAUUUGGAGACCUCGGCCAUAGUCAGGCCAAUACCGAAGAUUCCUGACCAGACAUGGGUACAGUGUGAUGAGUGUCUGAAAUGGAGGAGGCUUCCUGGCAAGGUUGAUCCAUCUACAUUACCUGCAAGAUGGUUUUGCUACUAUAAUUCCCACCCAAAGUACAGGAGGUGCUCUGUUCCAGAGGAACAAGAACUCAUUGAUGAAGACCUGUACUUGAGCAGAGCUAAGAAACAAGAUCAAACUGUUGACAAGAAGGAGGUACCAACAGAAAACGAGAGCCACCAGGUAUUCACUAAUCCGCUGAAGAUCCCUUCUAUUCAAGAUAUGGAUGACUUGAAUAAUAAGAUGACUGGGUAUGAGGGAACUGAUAGCCCCAGCCGGCUUUCAUCUGUUGGAGAAGAAAGCAGAACAACUUCUCUUCAACUUAAGCCUCUGGAUUCCAGCGUUUUUCAGUUCUCCAGUAAGUACAAAUGGAUCCUAGGUGAGGAACCUGUGGAGAAACGAAGAAGGCUCCAGAAUGAGAUGACAACACCUCCUCUAGAUUAUUCCAUGCCUGGCCCUUACAGGAGAGUGGAGGCAGCAGUUGCCAACCCAGAAGGGGAGAACAGCCGUGAGAAGACCAGCUCUGAGAGAAGCACACCACCGUACCUUUCCCCAGAGUACCCAGAAGCAAUCAAGAGUACCAGUCAGAGUAGGGAGGCCUCAGUUCUGUAUUCGGGGGCCCAGGACCAACACCAGGGUUCCUUGCUCCCUGAAGAGUUAGAAGAUCAAAUGCCCCGAUUGGUGGCAGAAGAUUCUAACAGAGGCAACACACAUGUAAACAAGGAAGAAGUGAGCAAGGGACCUUUUGUAGCUGUUGUCGGUGUUGCAAAAGGUAUUAGAGAUUCAGGAGCUCCCAUUCAGCUGAUCCCUUUUAACAGAGAGGAGCUUGCUGAGAGAAGAAAAGCAGCUGAAUCCUUGAAUCCGGUGCCUUAUUCUUCUGUGGCCUCUGCUCCAGCUCCUGCUGCAGCUAUUGCAGAGAAAGGAAGAGGCUAUGAGGAGAGCAGCGGUCGUAAUAUACCAAAGAUGAAGAACCAAAGAGAACUAGAAGAACUGAAGAGAACCGCAGAAAAAUUGGAACGUGUUUUGGCGGAAAGGAAUAUGUUCCAGCAAAAGGUGGAGGAGCUGGAACAGGAGAGGAAUCAUUGGCAUUCCAAAUUCAAGAAAGUCCAACAUGAAUUGGUAACCUAUAGUACCCAGGAGACGGAAGGCUUGUAUUGGAGCAAGAAACACAUGGGCUAUCGCCAAGCUGAAUUCCAGAUUCUGAAAGCUGAGCUGGAAAGAACCAAAGAGGAGAAGCAGGAACUAAAAGAGAAACUGAAGGAGACAGAGAUACACCUGGAAGUGCUGCAGAAGGCUCAGGUCUCCUACCGGACCCCAGAGGGAGAUGACCUAGAAAGGGCUUUGGCAAAGCUUACGCGGCUGCGUAUCCACGUCAGCUAUCUCCUUACUUCUGUCCUCCCUCACUUGGAGCUUCGUGAGAUCGGGUUUGACUCAGAACAAGUGGAUGGGAUCCUGUAUACAGUGCUGGAGGCAAAUCACAUACUGGAUUGAGCACCAGAUACUCUAUAUCCCCUUCUCUACCCCCUCCUUUCCUCCCUCCCUCUCUCGCUUGCUGUCUCUCUCUCUCUCAUCCUUAUGCCUCACAAGGA